AUGGAAUCACAAACUACCCCAACCACCUACCCCGAACCCCAACAACAUCAAGAAGAAGAAGAACAACAAGAAGAAGAACUCAAAACCCUUCCUCCCCUCUUCACAAUCACAAAACAACCCAACCCUUCCAAGCCCAUCCUCCUCCCCAUCUCCAUCCGCAAAACCAACUUCACCCUCUCCGUCCCCGCAAUCCACCGACAACCCACCCCCCCAACCUUCGAAUUCCGCAUCGCACUCCACACCGACCCAUCCUACGUCCACGAAACCCACAUCCAGAUCCUCCUCCAAGCUGCCCUCCAUAAUCCCAGCUUGCAGUGUCUGGCUCUGGAUGUCAAUUGGCACUUUCACCAUGAUGACCCGGGGAGGCGGGCGCUGAUUGAGAGGGAUUUUGUACGGGGACUUCUUGGCUGUGUUGUUGGGGAGCGGGAGGGGCCGGUUCGGCUGCGGUUGCGGUUUGAUCGGAGGUUGUGGAGGGGGGGUGAGGAUUGUGGGGAUGGUGAUGAUGGUGACGAUGGUGAGGCCAGUACGGAUGGUGAGAAUAGCAGCUACGACACAGGUACAGCAAAGCCAUGCCGGUCAUUCUUCACGAUUUUCCUACACGCAAUGCUCGAUAUGCUCGACACGCUCGACACGCCGGACCCACAAGGCAGGGAGGUAUUGGCAAGCGCACUCGAUACAUUUGAGCAUGGGCCCCCGGGCGUGCUUCCGGAUGUCGGAUAUCUUGAGAUCGGGAACUUUUGUGAGGGACGCACGCUUGGGUGUAGUGAUAGGUUGUCGGUGGUUUGGUUGGAUGCUGAGGGACGCAGGCUUGGUUGGUGGAGGGGGGUGACGAUGGAGCGGUGUGUUGUUAGUUAG